AUGGGUUCCCACUGUGCCAAGCUCAGCACAGGCCACAGCCCGGGCCAUAGCACUGGCCACAGCAUGGGCCACAGGACGAGCCAUGGCCGUGGCCACGAAUCCUCCAUGAAGAAGCUCGUGGCUUGCGUGAGUCAGGAUAACUUCUCCCUGUCAUCAGAGGGCGAGGAAGACGAGGAGGAGAAAGAGGAAGAAGAUGAGGAGGAAGAGGAGCUGCCGGUCCAGGGCAAGCUGCUACUGAUGGAGCCGGAGCGGCAGGAAGAGGAGGACAGUGCCAAGGCCAAGCAGAGCCCCGAGCCCAAGCAGACGCACUCCUGA